GCGCUUUUGCUUGGCGGGUAUCGGAGCCUGUGGUUCUUUCCUCCUCAUUGCUGAUUCUAAUAUGCUCUCAGAAUCAUUAUAAUCUCCAGACACCGUUUCAAGUGUUGGAGAACACGUCUAAGCCGUAGUGACCAUGCAUGACGUCUGAAUGCUCUCUUGUUGUUGCACGUUCAAGGUUUACGAGUUGUCCCCCAGGUCUAUUACGACAUACGUCCCCGUUGGACACGGAAACCCUCGGAUUUUCCGACUGGACACAUACUACACGGCUCUAGUGAAAUACUAACGCUCCUGUGCAACCAGUCCACUUGCUUUGCCGUCUUCCUGAUAGAUUGUAGACACGCUCCACGUCCGAAAUGGUCUUCCGAAAAGAAACUACCAAACACCAUCAUCGGGACAUUAAGUUAAAAGAAAAGAUCAAGAAAGCUAAGGAGCACAGGAAGCAGCGUAAGUUAAAAAAAGAGAGUGGCGCUCCUGCUGGCAUACCCCAAACAUUGGAGUCUCUGCGUACAAAGGAUGACACUAUUUGCCCAAAAGAUGACCCUGAUGCUUUGGCAGAAGAAGAGUUCGAUGAAGUCGCAGAUAUCAUGAGAAAUGACAGGACCCCCAAACUUCUGUUGACAUAUUCAGAUCGCGUUUGCCCGCGAACAAUCGGUUUUCUCAAGGAACUCGUAAAGAUUAUCCCGAAUUCGCGCCUGGCCGCUCGAUGGCAUUUACCACUGAAGAAGUUAAUCCCCAAAGCCAUUGAGUAUGGGUACACUGCGGUUAUCGUGGUCAAUGAAGACGCCAAGAAGGUCAAUACCAUGUUAGUCACUCAUCUACCUCAUGGUCCAACCAUCACCUUCCGGCUAUCAAACGUCAUUUUGAGACGUGAACUACGCGGACGCCAUCGCAGACGUAUGCGUGACAUCGAGCCGAAUGUUGUGCCACACCUACUGACCUCUCGCUUCACCACACGUCUGGGUCGCCGCACUGAACGUCUUAUAAGCGCCAUGUUUCCGGAACAAAGUCGGAAUCCUCCUGAAGCUCACAGUCGCACGGUGGUCUUUUACAACCAGCGCGAUUACAUAUUUUUCCGUCAUUACCGAUAUCAGCAGCGUAUGAUAGCUGGGGACGAAAACAGCAAGGAACCAGCAAAACCCCAUAUUUCCAUGAACGAAGUCGGACCCCGCUUCACAUUGAAACUACGUUCCAUCCAGUUGGGAACGUUCGAUAGCCAGUUUGGGGAUUAUGAGUGGGUGUUUAAGCGAAGCGAAGUCGGUCGCAGCCGGAGAACAUUUGUUUUGUGAUCUCCUUAACUAUUGGUCCACUUUGUACAUAGAAAAAACUGGGAAUUCUGCUGGAAGUAUAUUUGUAGUUUUCUGAUGAUUUUCGUACACUAAGCUGUGUACAAGAGUUAUAUGCCACUUGUUAUUAAUGGAAAAGAUAACCUUGAGCGCCUUUCACUCGCCUUGCCUUCAUAUUAAACAGUGAUUGUCCCUGAGGUCUAAAACAACCACUUUUCACACUGCAACGGCCACAUUCCCGCUGUAUUUUCGCACAUGCGUGUGUGGUUUUGUGCUCUCCCAUGACUGAG